CUCGAGCUGGGUAUCUGCACCCUCGAGCUGUGGCCCAAUGCCAAAGAGGCGCGGCCCGCAGUGCGACGUUGCUGCGUUCGACUCCAUCCUCGAUGGCGUGAGGUCGAUCUACAUGACCAAGGUGCGCCCACUCGAGGAGCAGAGCCUGGUGCAGCAUUUCCACUAUCCGCUCCUCGCCGAUUGCGACUUUGAGGCCAGGCCGAUGGUGCUGCUGGUCGGGCAGUACUCGGUGGGCAAGACCUCCUUCAUCCGCUACCUGCUCGAGUCCGACUUCCCGGGCAUGCACGUCGGCCCGGAGCCCACGACCGACCGCUUCCAAGCCAUCAUGUACGGCGCGGCGGCGCGAGAGCUGCCCGGAAACGCCCUCGCAUCGAACCCGGACACGCCCUUCUACGAGCUCUCGCGAUGCUUUGGCAAUGCCUUCCUCUCCAAAUUCUCGGGCUGCGAAGUGCCUUCCCUCUUCGCGCGCGGAUGCACACUCAUCGACACGCCCGGCGUGCUUUCCGGCCGGAAGCAGACGGAGGACCGCCUCUACUCGUACGAGGACGUGGUGCGCUGGUUUGCGCCGCGGGCCGACCUCAUCCUCCUCAUGUUCGACGCGCACAAGGUGGACAUCUCCGACGAGUUCAAGCGCGUGAUCGAGGUGUUGCAGGGCCACGACGACAAGGUGCGUGUGGUGAUGAACAAGGCGGACUCGCUCUCGCCCGAGGAGCUGCUGCGGGUCAACUCGGCGCUGUCCUGGUCGCUCUCCCGCAUUCUCCGCUCGCCGGAAAGCCGCCGCGUCUACGUGGGCUCCUUUUGGGACGCGCCGCUGCGGCACGGAAACUUCCUCAACCCACUCUUUGAGAGCGAGGCCGUCGCGCUGCUCACCGACCUCGCGGCGGUGCCGCGCAACUGCACCGUGGGCCGAAUCAAUGCCCUGGUGGCACGGACACGGCGUGUGCGCGUGCAGGCUCUCCUGCUGCAGCACCUCCGGGCGGAGAUGCCGAAGGUGGGCAGCAAGGACCGAAAGCAGCGCGAGCUCAUCGCGGGCAUCGAGGACGUCUUCUACGCCGUGAUGAAGAGGCACAACCUGCCCGCGGGGGACUUCCCGGACGUGUCCAAGUUUCGGCACACGCUCGCGUGCCGCGACUUCGCCAAGUUCAAGAAGCUGGACCCGAGGAGCCUCGACGCGCUGGAGGCGAUCCUCUCCACCGACGUUGCGCAGCUGAUGGAGCGCUUCGAUGCCAUCCCCGGCGGCGGCCUGGCCCCAGCUGCCACAGAGGCAUCGCCAAGCCCCAGCGUCCACGCCGGCGGUGCGCCCGUCGCGGUGCCGCCGAUGGACCCGUGGGCGGCGGCAUCGCCAGCGGCGGCGCAGGCGAAAGAGGCGGCAGCAGCAUCGACGCCCACGCCGGCGGACCCGUGGUCGCAUCCGCCCCCCGGGGGCACCGAUCCCUGGUCGACACAGUCCCUCGGCGCGGCGCUGCCCGAGUCGGAGCCAAACCGGCGGGGCGCCGGAGGGGGAGGAGGAGCAGGCAGCGCGGUCUUGGACGGCCUGUUCGGAGUUGGCUCGGCGGGUGCUGCGCAAUCGCGCUCUCCAUCGUGCGCAGGACCGGCGCCGGCGGCGCCGGCGCCCUCAGCGGCGUGGGUGGUGAGCGCGACAGAAAAGGCGCGGUACGACUCGAUCUUCCAGCAGAUGGCCCCGGACGGUGGCCGCGCGAGCGGUGCAAAAGUCGCGCCGGUGUUGCGCCGAUCUGGUCUGCCCAACGACGCGUUGAAGGCGAUCUGGAGCUUGUGCGACGUUGGCGGCGCCGGAUCCCUGGACGCCGACUGGUUUUCGGUCGCGAUGCACCUUGCGAUGCGCAGCAAGAAGGGGGAGCCGCUUCCGCAGGUGCUACCGCCCGAGUAUGUGCCACCGUCAGCGCGGUAGAUAAGUGCAGCGAAAGCACACACGCUGUGGAGCGCCGCCGCCAGAAACAAGAAUUUUAUGUAUGU